CAGAGGUGCAGUGAACACAUCAGUGUCUUCAGUCAAAGAGAACCAACAGGUGACGGCGAAAAGAUAACUUUCUAUACGGCACUUGGGAAUAUCUGCAGGAAUUUGUUGACCGUCUGAAACUUACAUAGGAAACAAAUGAUGACUUUCUUCUGGAGAAUAUGUUUUGUCCUUUUUGGAAUGAUGUCAUACUCUGAGGCCUUCCUCCCGGAGAACAUCAAGACCUCUUAUGACCAUCUGAUUAAGCACUAUGUAAGAAAAAAUCCCAACAAGAACGAAGUAUAUAAUGGACAUCCCCUUUUCGGGAAGCUGAAUGAUAAAAAUUUAGAGGUGGCUGAACAGAAGCUUCUGAUGACUAUCGUUCUUGAUGCAUACAACAGAAUUUUGGGCCAGAUGGAGACUGAGGCACAGGACGAAAAGGUGAAGCAUGACUUGCAUGAAGUAAAAGAGCAAAUGAACAAGCUGAAAGAACACUACUUCUCUGGCAAACAUGCUGACAUUAGGAAAUAUGUCACUGAGCUGCUGGAGCUUAAGGAAAAUGAAACAAAGAUCCAGAACAAGGCAAUACAUGAGCUGGGAAACGUCUACAAUAAGGCAUCGAUCCUGGGGUCAUCAGAGACGCACCGGAGACGACGACACACUAAGGGCUCCAAAAAGCAACGUUCAUAGCCAGUGGAUUUGUUGAGAAUGUUACCUAGGAGGUGCUUUUAGGUGUUGUUAAAUUAUUUCAAAUGCUGUACCUCAUAAUUUAUUUUUGUAAUACUGACAUAAUUUAUUAAUAUUCUCAAGUCUUUAUUUUAUUGGUUGUGUUAAUAUCUAUUUACAUUGCUAUUUAUUUUGUAUAAGAAUGCCUAUUUUUGUCUUAUUUGGGCUUAUGAUUGGUUAUUACUUGCUAAAGCAAGCGUUGUACGGUCUGUGACUAA